CGGAUCUUUUUCUUCUUUGUUUCCCUUGACAACAAACUCCAACCCUGACAACAAUACCUUUAUGUUUUCAGUUGAACUCAGUAGGUGGGCUGCUUCACUGCUUCUGAUAGGAGGGUCCAUACUCUUCUGCUGCUUUAAGAAAGAAAAGUGAGAGUUGACAACGGACUCUUAUGCCUUGAAUCUUGUCUUACGUGACCUUAAUUUAUCUUAGGUCUACCACUUCUGUGUUUGUGAAUCUGAGAGCAGCCAAUAGAUUUAAGCAAUAUGAUGAUUGGUGAUGGCUACGCUUCAUAGUCUUCUACACCCACAUUGGACCCAGCAGAGUAAGAUUGCCCACCACUUGUCUUGACUCAGUGACAGAUGGAACAGGCUCACAGUAUCCACUUCCUUGUCAAAACACUUGAAAGGGACAUGUAGAUGUUGUUUAAGGGCUGGUUGAGGUGGGAUUUGUUAUCGGUAGAGGAACUUCCACCCAAAUAAAUUGCUUUUCCAUUAUUAUGAAUUGCUUUUCCGUUAUUAUUUAUAAUAAAAUGUUAUUAUUCAACUCCUAACUUAAUUUGUUCAUUGGGUGGAGCUGUACAUUGCACUAGUUUUUCAGCCAUGUGGGUAUCAACCACAACCACAAACUGCCUCAAAUAUGUAUCAAUAGGUUGUUUCCAUGAUGACAUCACAGCAUUGAGCAGAUAGAGGUCUACUGAGUGGUUCAGUUCUCUUAUCUUACAGAAGACCUCAGCAGCAAACUUCAGAGUAAGAAUCUGCUGUUCUAGAACUUUGUAAAAAGACUGAAGGUGUCAUAGCUCUAGGAUCUCCUCUGGAAGUUCAACAUCUCAGCAGUUUUGUAAUGUCUUUGUUGAGUCACAUCCUUGUUCCUCCGGGAAGGGCAGGUGUAGAGAGACGCACUCAGGGACUCAGUAUGUCGAUGGGCAUGGAGAUCAUGGGCAUCGCCCUGGGAGUCAUAGGAUUAAUCACAACCAUUUUAGUGUGUGCACUCCCCACCUGGAUGGAGACAACCUUCAUAGCAACUAACUUUGUCACUAUGGAGGUGGUCUGGGAUGGCCUGUGGAUGAGCUGUGUGAAAAGGAGCACGAGCCAGAUGCAGUGUGAGGUCUACGACUCCAUGCCAAGCUCUGUAUGGAGCUCAAACCUGCAGGCCGCCAGAGCCAUUACCAUCAUCGCCAUUAUCCUGGGGUUUCUGGGGGUCAUGGUCUCCAUGGUCGGGGACAAGACCACCAACUGCAUUAAGGGAAUAUUCUUCAUUUUGGCCGGAAUUCUCAUCCUCAUUCCUGUCUCCUGGAAGGCCAGGGCAAUCAUCAGCGACUCCUCCAAAUUGUUGUUCGGAGUGAAGAGGGAACUGGGGGGAGCUCUCUACUUCGGCUGGGUGGGUGCAGCUUUUCUCCUGAUUGGAGGGGUCAUACUUAGUAGAACUCUGUAUACAAGCAGGAUCGAGGUUGCUGGCAUCACCACGGUCAUAGGAUGGAUAAUCUCCAUGGUGCCCUGUGCUUGUGCUUUAGGAAUGUUAGACCUUCUGCAAUACAGGGCACUGGUUCUUCUGUCCUUCUCCUGCUUCUCCAUCAUGUUUGGGUUUCUAGGACUGAUAUUCGGGUCAGGCUGCAUCAAGAGGAAUAUGUCUAAAGCUGAAGUGAGUAACUCUGCCGGAAUAUUGUUCAUCAUGGCUGGUAUUUUCCAGCUGAUCAUUACCUCCUUUGUUGCCUUCGACUUGACACAAAACUCGGAACCUGAGAAUGUCCUACGGAGUGAUGCCCUCAUGUUUUCAGCUGAACUCAGUAGGUGGGCCGCUUCACUGCUUCUGAUAGGAGGGACUAUACUCUGCUGCUGCGUUAAAAAGAAAAUAUUUAAGAAAGAAAAGCCGAAGUCGACAAUUGACUCUAAUGACCUA